UUGUAGCGUAUUUACAAGUGCAUUGCAUCAAGCUUCUUGGACAUGUAUUUUUACGAUUUUGCCAAUAUAUUUCGCUCAACAUAUAGUAUUUUUACUACGGGAAGCUAGGUUUAAGAAUAUCGCGUACCUCUGCAAUGGAGAUUACUCGCGCUAGACCUUCGCUCUUUGGAGACAUAGCGCACGGCCUGGGCUUUUGGACGGACCGCUCGGAGGUGCAUGAGGCCGCCGCGCAAGGCCGCGCCCUGCAGCUGCAGCGGCUGAUCGAGAGCGGGGCGUCCGUCAACAUCGUGGCCGUGGACUCCAUCACCCCCCUCCACGAGGCGUGCAUACAGGGGCAGACGCAGUGUGUCAGACUGCUGCUGGAUGCGGGAGCGCAGGUGGAUGCGCGGAAUAUUGACGGGAGCACACCGCUGUGCGACGCCUGCGCGGCGGGGAGCCUGGAGUGCGUGAAGCUGCUGCUGGACCGCGGCGCCACGGUCAACCCCCCACUCUUCACCUUCUCGCCCCUGCACGAGGCCUGCAUGGGGGGUAACUCUGACUGCGUGCGGCUCAUGAUCGCUAAGGGCGCCCACAUGGAGGCGCACGACUGCCACUUCGGGACGCCGCUGCACGUGGCGUGCGCCAGGCAGCACGUGGACUGCGCCAAGGUGCUGCUCAACGCAGGUGCCAAUGUCAAUGCUGCCAAGCUGCACGAGACGGCGCUCCACCACGCAGCGAAAGCGAAGAACGUGGACCUGAUCGAGAUGCUGAUUGAGUUUGGGGGGAACGUGUACGCCAGGGACAACCUCGGCAAGAAGCCCAUCGACUACACCAGGCCCGGCUCGCCCCCUGCCAUCUGUUUAGCAUUUUAUGAAGGCACACCCCUCAGUCUGCAGCACCUGAGCCGGCUCGCUCUGCGGAUGGCGCUCGGUACGAGAGCUCUGGAGGCCGUGUCCAAGCUCAACCUGCCCACCCGGAUCAUCAACUACCUCUCCUAUUACUGACAGACUCUACAUGUCUUUAUCGAGCUAAUUUUUGCUGAUCUCCUGCAGACACAAGGAAGUGUGACAUAAGGGAUGAAGUAGCCAAUCUGCUUCAAGGGACAAUGAGUAAAUGAGAUCAAGACUCACAGGCAUGGACUGCAGUUGGCACUGGUACUUGGGGUUGACCCCCGUGUUCUUUGCAAAUGAUAAUCCGGGGACUUCAAUAACUUACAUGAGAGGGGAAUUCAGUUUGAUGUCUAAUCCAAAAGGCACAUCUGACACUACAGUGUCCCCACCAUUGCAGCAGGGGCAUUUGAUUCCUGCUCACCUCACAAUGGA